GAGCGUUCGCCCCUGUGAGGAAGGCUUUGGGUUCUGUCCACUAGCCGAGACAUACCAGGUUGUAUUCGAUUCCGCAACUCUACAGUGACUCGGGUUGUGGCUUGCACAUGCGCUCUAUCUAACAACCCGUGUAUCGAAUCGAACGGACCGGAAGAGGGUAGAGCGAAAACAACAUGGCGGACAGAAACAUGGUCAUGAGCUUACUACCGGUAAUUAUUGAUGAUAUCAUGGACAUAGAAGAAGAACUAUCAAUUAUGGAUGAAGAAGAGAUCGAAGAACUCGUGUUGGUCAAUGUUGGAAGUACAAACCGCAGAAUUAUCCCAAACGUUAUUGGGUUUGCAGAGGAAGUGAUACCCCAAUACACGGAGACAGACUUCCGACGUGACUUUCGUGUUUGUAAGAAUACUUUUGAAAGACUUAUUGCUGAGCUUACGCCUGCUAUUGAAUACACAAUACGGGAAAGUGGAAAGGAAGGACUUCCGGUAAGGAAACAACUUCUAGUGUAUUUGUGGUACAUAAGCAAUCAGGACAGUAUUAGAGAAAUUAGCCGUUUGUUUGUGUGUCAACAUCAACCGUCCACAGAUGUAUUCGACGAGUUUCAAAAGCAUUGUGCAGCAUGCGCCAGCAUAUCAUUAGGUGGCCAGAUUUUGGCACCCAAGGCCUAAUAUCUGAAGCUAUAUCUGAGCGUGUUGGUCUUCCUAACGUCGUGGGUUUUAUCGAUGC